AUCCCUAAUUAAUUCAUUGGCAGCCCCAUCAAAAGAAAAAUGGUCAAACAUCAUCACUCUUUGGCUUUGGCUACUCUCUCACUUCAAAAUAUAUUUCUCACAUCCCAUCCAGAUUUCAAAGCUUAGUUGCAGAAUUUCAUGGGGUUCUUCAAAUGGAUUUCUCUCGUUUCCACUAUUUGUGUGUAUUUAUCUAUACCCACUCUCUCAAAUUCUUUUCUGAGCAAAGAAGGGUUAUCUGAAAUCCCUUUGAAUUUCCUCAAUUUGGCCAAAAAACCAGAGAUUGUGGAUUGGAUGGUGGGUAUUAGGAGAACAAUACAUGAAAACCCAGAACUGGGUUUUGAGGAAUUUGAGACCAGUAAGCUUAUCAGAGCUGAGCUUGAUAAAAUGGGUAUACCCUAUAAAUAUCCGGUAGCUGUUACUGGGGUCGUUGGCUUCAUCGGGACCGGUGGACCUCCUUUUGUCGCCAUUAGAGCAGAUAUGGAUGCUCUAGCUAUGCAGGAGGAUGUUGAAUGGAAGCACAAGAGUAAAGUUCUUGGAAAAAUGCAUGCUUGUGGGCAUGAUGCACAUGUUGCGAUGCUUCUUGGUGCAGCAAAGAUGCUUCAGGAACAUCGUAGUGAUUUACAGGGAACAGUAGUUCUGGUUUUCCAACCAGCCGAGGAAGGAGGCGGAGGAGCAAAGAAAAUGAUAGAAGCUGGGGUACUGGAGAAUAUUGAUGCCAUCUUUGGGCUGCAUGUUUCUAAAAGAUUUCCUAUUGGUGCGGUCGCAACUAGACCUGGCCCUCUUUUGGCUGGGAGUGGUUUCUUUGAGGCUGUAAUAAGUGGAAAGGGGGGUCAUGCAGCCAUUCCCCAACACACUAUAGACCCAAUCAUAGCAGCUUCCAAUGUAAUUGUUAGUCUGCAACAUCUUGUUUCACGUGAAGCUGAUCCCCUGGAUUCACAGGUAGUGACAGUUGCGAAAAUCCAAGGUGGCGGUGCAUUCAACGUUAUUCCUGAUUCAGUUACAAUCACUGGAACCUUCAGGGCAUUUUCAAAAGAAAGUUUGAUGCAACUUAAACAACGAAUAAAAGAGGUUAUUACACUCCAAGCAUCUGUACAGAGGUGCAACGCAACUGUUGUCUUCAAAGAACCCUUCUACCCAGUAACUGUAAAUGACAAAGUUUUGCAUGAGCACUUCCGAAAUGUAGCAGUUGAUAUGUUGGGUGCUGACAAAAUUAUAGAAACGCAACCAGUGAUGGGAGCUGAAGACUUCUCAUUUUUUGCAGAGGUGAUUCCAGGGUACUUCUAUUUCGUCGGAAUGCAUAAUGAGAGUCAAGGACAGCUUCCAGGGUCGCACACCCCUUACUUUAUAGUAAAUGAAGAUCUACUCCCAUAUGGUGCUGCAUUCCAAGCAUCUCUGGCUGCAACGUACCUCCUAGAAAAUCAACUCGAGCUUACUUCACCAAAAGGAAGUGUUCGUGAUGAACUGUAGGGUUAAAGUAUUUUUUUAUAAUUGAAAGAGUUUUGGUGGCUAGUAUGCAUUAGAGCCCCCAAACAAGCCUUUAAAGUGCCAAGACUCGAACAAUCUCAAACUGCAUGUAAAUUAUGUUCUAGGAACAAUUAUAGUUUUAAUAGGAUUUGUUUUCUGUCA